AUGUAAUCAGACAUUAUUUUAAACAAUGCUGUCAUAAAACUAAUUGGAGAAUUUUAGGAUAAGAGGAUUUAUUUUAAAUAUUUUGUCUAAUACGAAAAGCCACCUUAUUAAGUAAAUAUGUUUGAAAAAAAUAGAGAUAAUUAUAUGAAUUCUGGGUGAGUACAAUUGAUAAGCUAACAGAAAACAUUUUAAAAACCAGUCUAAUUAAAGUACAAGAACUUUAAAAUCUGUUUUCAUUGUUUGAAUAUAAACCACUUGGUAUUGAAAAUGUUUUGGCUCAAAUGUAAAAGGAAGGAAAAAUCGUAAUGGAAGGCUAUAGAACUAAAGCUGUUAAUAUCUUACUAAAAGUUGAAAAUGAGGAGAAUGAAGAUUUAACUACUAAUAAUACUCAUCACCUCUAAAUUUUAUGGAACCCUUUAAAAAGGGCAUUCGAGAAACUUCUAAUAAAAAAAAAAUCUCCUACUCCCACUAAAUGUCCUUACUUCUUUCAUAUCAAAUAUUUUAAAGAAAACAUAAUUAAAUUUAAAUAAGCAGUUGAAGAGGUUUCAAUUAAUUAAUUCAAUACAUUUACUGCAAAAUAAUUAAUGAAAGUGAUAGAUUUGCCACAACGAGAAAUCUUAUUUUUGAUAGGCAUAUUUUUGGAGGCCAAACUCAUAUAGAGCGUGGGAUACUUUACUAUAGAUUCUAUUAAAUAAGAAGUUUUUAUUUAUAAAUCAAUGUGGCUUGUUGAGAAUAAUAAUCUUGACUUGGCAAAAAAUUAAACAUUGUUUUAAUUGAAAUGUAUAAUAUAUUGAUAUCAUAGAUUAAGAGAUAUUAAAUUCUGAUGAAAGGGAUGAAUGCUAUAAGAGUAUAGAAUUGAAGGAAAAGCAAAUAAGAAAGAAAAUACUAGAGAAGAAAUCCCCAAAUGAAAUCAAAUUUCACAUUGCUGAAAAGCUUCAAUUCGAAAAAUGGAUUGAAAAUUAUGAGCAUAGAUUGUUAAUAAUGUAGCAAAGUCAAGCUCGUUUGAGAAAUGCUGAUUCAGAUUUGUAAAUUUAAGAUAUCAUCUGUAAAAUAUCAUAAUUAUUAUUAAUAGAAUAAGUAAAUCACAUUCUAAAAAAUAACGAAAUUGAUAAUUUGAUGUUAUAAGAUAAUCUUAAUGAAUUUAUGGAUCAUCGUCAAUAAUAAGAAGAAACCCUAUAAAUUAUGAAAAGAUAUGAACCAAGUGAAAUUGAUACUUUGUAUAAUAAAUAUUUAGAGGAAAAUUAAUUGAAGGACACGAAUAGUGUAUAAAUAUAAAAUACUCAUAACACUCCCUUUGUACCAUUAUAACCAUAGAAACAUAAUUAUGAGUCAGAAGAAAGAAUGCUAGAGUUGUAAUAAUGAAAUAUUAUUAAUAUAUUAAUAUCAU